AAUUAAAAGUGAAAUGACUAUUAAAGAAGCUGAAAAUAAGUGAUUAACCUUAAUAAUUAAAAGUGAAAUGACCACCGUCCUCUAAUAACUAAAAGUGAAAUUGACUAUUAAAGAAGCUGGAAAUAAGUGAUUAACCUUAAUAAUUAAAAGCGAAAUGACCAUAGGCUCCUUUCGUGGUGUGCGCUGGAGCCAAAAAAAGUAAGAUUAAGGGGGUGCCAAAGCAGAACCUCCAUCAUGUAUUGUUUGAUUUACAGGCACGUAAAAUGAUAUUCCAUGUUAAAAAUUGUUUUAUAUAAUUGAAAAUAAAUUUCAAAUAAUAUAGAAAUUUUGAAAAUUUUAACUUGAAGAUUAGUUGCAGAAAUUGGUGAUACGAUGACAAGACCAUAUUACACAAUAUAAAUGAUUUGCUGGGAGAUGAUCUAGGGACAGGUUAUGGUGAUUACUUGGUAUUAGUAAUCACCGUGGCUACUAAGGAUAGGAAUGGUAUUUUAUUUUUAUUAUAAUUAUAAUUAUCAUAUUAAUUACGUGAUAAUUAGGGAGAGAUAAUAAUGAAAAGUAAAUAUUACAGCAAUUAAACCAUCGUAGGGUUCUGCGAGGUUUGAAUUGGUAGUGUUAAUCACUUUGUAUGGCUGCACUGGUAGUGAUCUGCAUUAGUAGUUGUCUUAAAUCUGUACUGAUUGUAUUGGUACAAAUUUAAUAUUGGAUUGAUUCUGGUGGUAUGAAUUGGAUUGGUAUUGGUAUUGUGAUUAUCAUUAUUGAAAUGGUAUUGAUUUUGCCUUGUUGUGCAAUGUAUUGUUGUGUCUAAUUAGUUUGGUAUGAAUUUCAGUCAUUGCAAACAUACCAAUGAACACACAAAAAGUCCAACAACUAGCUUGCAUAAAACUGGAACACUACCAUUGCAAACAUACCAAUGAACACUACCAUUCCACGCCAAGCUAUACAUGUGAGAAGAUAACUACCAAAACAAUAGAUAACUACCAAUGCAUCAAAUCUCGCCAAUAGCCGACUCAGAAUUCGGAGGAGGUGAAAUCAAUCUCGUGGGUGCGCCGUCUUCAGUCGGAGUGGGAUGAAUAGGGAAACGAUACGGAGCGUCGAACCCCUCGCCGAUUCACCAUCCGAGAAACAAACAGUCGCCAACCAGGAGAGAAAGACAGUGGUGCUGUCGGCUGCAUGGGGUCGUCGUCGACUGCACAGAGUCAUCAUUUUCGGCUGCACAGAGUCAUCGUCGUCGGAUGCACGAAGUGGCGGCGGCGGCGGCUGCACGGAGUUGAUCAGCGGAGCUGUACAUAAUCAUCCUUCCUCCUGGCCUCGAUGGAAGCUUGCGGCUGCGGCGGGUUUGAUUGGAGGGAGGAUAGAAGUAGGGUUUGGAUAGAAUAUAUAUAAUAAUCUGGUGUGGUCUCUUUUUUGUUUCCAAAAUUACCCUGGAACAAUCUUAACCGUGAGAUUAAAAAAAAAAGAAAAAAAUAAAUGGUGGAUACGGAUGUAGCCAUGGUGGCCACUAGAAUUUCAGUUAACACCCUAACGCAUUUCGACGAUCUAACAUAAAAAUUAUAAAUCUUGUAUCUAUUUAUUCAUAAAUUUUAAUUAAAAAAAUAUCGUAAACAACUUAUCUCAUAACUAUAUAGUAUAGUAUAUAGGGUGUCAUCUAAAGCCAUUUUUCAAACUCCAAGAUCCUUAGUCGAUGUCAUUCAUUCUUCCAUUCGAUCGACUAAACACGACUUAUUGCAAAAAGAAUCGUUGAACUCAACUUGAAUGAAUGUUAAUCAUAUAU